GAUCUAAAGCACUAUAGGAGAUUGAAUGGCUAUACGCUUUUCACUUUGGUAAAUAAGAAAAAGUACGGAAAUAUUGCUCCUGGUAUGCAACCUGAAGAUUGCAUCGAAAGCGGCUCAAAAAACAGGCCCUGGCAGGCUCUCUGGUCAACUCUGCCAGAAAAAUCUCGCCGGGAAUGGAAAUCAAAGGCUCGAAGAUUGCUGAAGCAAACCCAGGCGCACCAGAAGCGAGAGGCUGGUGAUGAAGGUAGACGGGCUGCUGAGCGUCGACGUCUUCAAAGCCAAUUAGCGAGAUCCAAGACAAAUACUUUCGCACUCAUUGAUCUGGCUGCCCAUUUUCAGCUCUUAAGCGAGCGAAUGACUGGCCUGGCUAAUCAAGUAUCACAAUAUCGAGUAAUUUCAAAUUUAGCAUACACUCUUAAUAAUAGCGCUGUAGGUAGUUUAGCAAUGGUGUAUCGGUUUAUGUCUAAUUUAUUUAGUAGUCUUCUUUGA